AUGGAGGGCGGGGAUGAUGUCGACGUGGCACCGGCAUUCGUGCCUCCGCCCGUGAAGCCGCAUAAAGCAGUCUAUGGCUUGCGUUUCUUCUUUGCGAUCUGGGUGGUUUUCAUGCACGUCGGCAAUUUUAACGACCGCAUUAAACGGUUGCGCGACAUCUCUAUAUCCAUGCCCGGUUUCUUUAUGCUUGCAGGCUUUAUGUUGAGCGCAGCUACGACUCGACCUAUCGUUGACCGUGCGCAUUUCUAUAAGAGCCGUAUCAUUGCGGCGCAUCCAUUGUACUUGCUUUCUGUAUUUCUCUCAUUGCCAAUCUACUACAUGGUUUGCAUCGGAAAAGGCGAGGAUAGGUUGGGUGGUAGCGGCUUCACCCAUACAUGCGAGCAGCGCGAGAUGGACAGGGAUGAUGAUGGUUGGGGCGCUCUUAGGCGCGUAGGACGAGAAGCUUACAUGCUCUUCAGUUUAGUAGCUGCGCAGACCGCAUGGCCAUGGGGAGUCGCGUCCAGCGAGCUCUUCUUUGUGAACCCUGCGUUGUGGUUUUCCAGUGCUUACUACUUCACUGUGUUUUGCUUCCCGUUCGUGCAUUCCUGGGCCAAGAGCCCGCUCUUCAAUCCGACCGCCGACUCCACUCAGAGAUGGUGCGCAUGUUCAAGGAGCCGCCUCUUCGGCUGCAAUCUCUAUUGUUGCCGGCCCAUGUUGUUGUCUACCCUGGUCAUUACCGUUGGCACCAAGGUCGGACAUUGGAUCACGAAGUAUGCUCUUUAUUACUCCGGCUGGCACAAUACACCGAAUGAGGCGGCAUGGGCGUGCUGGACAUUCCCCCCAACAUGGCUCGGCACGUUCAUGUUGGGCGUGCUCACUUUCAACGCUUUCGAGUUCAAUCGGCGUGGGGCAUCGGAGAGUGAGUAUUGGCCUUUCUGGGGCGUGCUCACCGACAGUAUUACUUUGAUGCUGCUCUUGAUUAUCGCAUUGACUGCGGUAUGUUACGACGCCGACAGGGUAUUCGCGAUGUUCUUUGGCGCGCACAGCUACCACGGGGGAGCAGGCCUGGACCAGGGUUGGCAACUCUGUCUGCCAGUCUUGGCAGUGUGGCUUUACGGGCUUGCGGCGGGUACGGGCAUCACGUCGCUGAUCAUGAGCAACACGUACCUGGUGAAGUACCUCUCCCCAGCGGCUUAUGCGAUUUAUUUGUUCCACCUGCCAGUGUGUUACUACUGGUGGCUAUCAUUUUAUUCGUGGAACGAUCUCGGACAUGUUCCACAGUUCUUGGACGACGUGUCACCCUGGGAGUUUUUGGCAGUCCUAUCAAUCACGAUCUGCUUGGCUGUCUUCGUCACUCACGUUGCUAAUGAGUACGUGACGUCGAUGUUCAUGCGUUUAGUUGACUACUGCGUGAGAGUACUUUCCCUCCGCUACUGCAAGGGAGAAUCACAGUGGCAGGAGACGGACGAGCAUAACACCCUCACGGUCAUGGUCUCCCUCAUCAAGGGCUUGACAGGUGCCGACGUUGAUGGUUCCACCCUGAUCGCCGAGUGCGGCUUCGACAGCUUCGGCAUGGGAGCAAUGGUUGCACUGGUGAGGAAGAAUUUUCCCGCCGCCAAGGUCAGCGCCAUGCGGCUCUACCAGCUGCAGACAGUAAGCGACCUUGUCGCGGAAAUUGACGGCAGUGGCGUUGAAACUGAUACAGACGCAAGUUCCGACGAUUACAGUUCCGAGGAAUGA